AGUUUGUUGGUGACCCGGCAUCUCUGAGCUACAUCAUCAUCACGUCGCUGGGCCGCAUGACAUGUGUGUGUGGCCGAGACACCGAGCCGCAUAGAAGAGAAAAAAAGACUUUAUAUUUAGCUCCGCUGUCUUCAUAAAGUCGCAGCAAAAACAAGAAAAUGCCCAAGAAAACGAAAGAGGAAGCGGAGUGGGUGGGCGAUGAAGUCGCGGCUGCACCUGUUGAAAAAACAGUGAAAAAGGGGAAGAAAGAUAAAAAGGGGAAGAAAAGUUUCUUCGAGGAACUCGCCACAGAUAGCAAGCCUGAGAAGGAAGAAGAGGCUGUGAAAGAGCCACAGGGGAAACAGAAAAAGAAGAAAGAUCGACGGAAAGGGAAGGCUGAAGACGCAGAUAAAGGUGAUGAGGAUGUCAUGCUGAAGCUGAAAAAGCUUUCAGUACAAGCAAGUGAUGAGGACGAAGACGACGAGCCAGUCUGUGUCCCCAGCAAAGGAAACAAGAAUAAAAAGGGUGGAAACGUCUUUGCUGCUCUCAGCCAGGGCCAGAGUGAUGAUGAUGAUGAUGAUGAUGAUGAGGAUAACAAAGAGGAUAAACCAGAAAAAAAGGACGAGAAGCCAAAGAGGGGGAAGAAAGAGCAACAAAAGAAAGCAAAACCUGAGCCAUCACACAGUGAGGAUGAAGAUGAGGAGCAGGAGAGUGACGGAGGGGACACAAUGAUGUGUGCAGAAGAUGUCAUCGCAGCGCAGGCCAAACAGGAGGGCGAUGACCCGUUUGCUAAUCUCAGCAAAAAGGAGAAGAAGAAGAAAAAGAAACUGUUGGAGUAUGAGCGUCAGGUGGCCAGUGUUCGGGCUCAGAAUGACUUGGAGGGAGAUUUCUCCAUCUCCCAGGCGGAGAUGUCGUCCAGACAGGCCAUGCUGGAGAACGCCUCCGAUAUUAAGCUGGAGAGGUUCAGCAUUUCCGCUCAUGGAAAGGAGCUUUUUGUCAAUGCAGAUCUUCUGAUUGUAGCCGGAAGAAGAUAUGGUUUGGUUGGACCAAAUGGUAAAGGAAAGACCACGUUACUCAAACACAUAGCCAACAGAGCUCUGAGUAUUCCCCCCAACAUUGAUGUGCUUCUGUGUGAGCAGGAGGUGAUAGCCGAUGACACGCCGGCAGUGCAGGCUGUGCUGAAGGCAGACACUCGCCGCCUGAAACUCCUGGAAGAGGAGAAGCGGCUCCAGGCUCGUCUGGACAAGGGAGAGGACUGUGUGGCUGAGAGGCUGGAGAAGGUCUAUGAAGAGCUGAGGGUGAUCGGAGCUGCAGCAGCUGAGGCCAAAGCCAGGAGAAUCCUGGCCGGUCUGAGUUUUACAUCGGAAAUGCAGAACAGACCCACAAAGAGAUUCUCUGGUGGUUGGAGAAUGAGAGUCUCCCUGGCCAGAGCUCUGUUCAUGGAACCCACACUCCUCAUGCUGGAUGAACCCACAAACCACCUGGACCUGAAUGCCGUCAUCUGGCUCAACAACUACCUGCAAGGCUGGAAGAAGACUCUCCUGAUAGUCUCCCACGACCAGAGUUUCCUUGACGAAGUGUGUACAGAUAUCAUGCACUUAGACUACCAGAAACUCUACUACUACAGAGGGAACUACUUGACCUUUAAGAAGAUGUAUGUGCAAAAGCAGAAGGAGCUGCAGAAACAGUACGACAAGCAGGAGAAGAGACUCAAAGAGCUGAAGGCUGGUGGCAAGUCCACCAAACAGGCUGAGAAGCAGACUAAAGACGCCCUGACCAGAAAGCAACAAAAGGGCAAGAAAAAGGGUCAAGAGGAGGAGAGCAAGGAGGCUACGGAGCUGCUGAAGAGGCCUAAAGAGUAUACUGUCAAGUUCACUUUCCCUAACCCACCUCCUCUCUCCCCCCCCAUCCUGGGACUACACAGUGUUGACUUUGCCUAUGACGUUAAUAAGCCUUUAUUCAAAAACGUUGACUUUGGUAUCGACAUGGACUCCAGGAUUUGUAUAGUUGGACCCAAUGGUGUUGGGAAGAGUACCCUCCUGUUGCUGCUCACUGGGAAAUUAAAUCCUACCAAAGGUGAGAUGAGGAAGAAUCAUCGUCUGAAAGUGGGCUUCUUCAACCAGCAGUACGCUGACCAGCUGAACAUGGAAGAGGCCGCCACUGAGUAUUUGAUGAGGAACUUCAACCUCCCGUAUCAGGACAGCAGGAAGUGUCUGGGGCGCUUUGGCCUGGAGAGCCAUGCCCACACCAUUCAGAUCUCUAAACUGUCUGGCGGUCAGAAGGCAAGAGUCGUGUUUGCGGAACUGUCGUGUCGUCAGCCUGAUGUACUAAUCUUGGAUGAACCCACUAACAAUCUGGACAUCGAGUCAAUCGAUGCCUUGUCAGAGGCCAUCAAUGAAUACAAAGGAGCUGUGAUCAUCGUGAGUCACGACGCUCGGCUCAUCACAGAGACCCAGUGUCACAUGUGGGUGGUGGAGGAUCGCUCCAUCAACCAGAUCGACGGAGACUUUGAGGAAUACAAACGUGAGGUGCUGGAGUCUCUGGGAGAGACCAUGGUCAACAAGGUCAACCCGUAACCGGAGAGGACAACCUGCUGUUCUACACCUAUGCUUCCUACAGUACACACAUCAGGAGCAGUCAUCGUGUCUCUCAAAGUCACACACUUCAAAUGGAUUUGUUGGGAGUGGAGUGUUAAUCUAAUAAUGUUUCAAAAAUACAGAAAAAGAACGUGUCAACCUGUGGUCAAGGUGUACUGAAGCCAAACAAUAAAGCAACAUUUUAAUCA